UAAAAAAGUGGAUUAUUUUAAAAGGUAUGAAAUCUCUCAAUUUCAUGCUUAUGAAUUGCACAAAUAUCGUGAUAAAAAUGGUAUAUAUAAAUCAUUAAAAGAUUUAUUUAAAAUAGAAGGUAUGACAAAAGAGAUAUUAGAUAAAUUUAUACUAUCAAUUAUUAAUAAUAAAGAAUUGGAAAAAGAUACAAAAUUAAAAAAGUCUAUUGUUUCCUCUUCGAUACGAAAUAUCUCACAACAGCAAAUAUCUACUAUAUUAGGGAUCUAUAUAGAACCUAAUAUUAUUAGUUGGACGUUACUCGAAACUAAAGAAAAAGUAUUGGAAUGGAAUUAUGAAAAUUGUUCACAAAAUACCAAACAUGAAAGUACUUCUCAACUACUUAAAUUGGCCUGUACAUUAAAUGAUAAGAUUCCCAAGGCUGACAUUUAUGUAGUAAAUGAUACAAAUUUUAAUUUUCACAUGGUAAAAUCUAUAGGACAGAUACAAAGAUUUUUACGGAAAGAGCAAUUGAAAGCAAUGAUUCUAGCUUUUCUUACACAAAAGACUUUAUCAUUGCAGGAAAACAAUGAAGUUUUAUCAAACGCAAAUAAUAUUUAUCUAUUGAAAUGUGAGGAUAUUGCAAAAUUAUUUGACAUUUACAUAGGUCGAGAAAUAACGUCUACUGCGACAGUAAUUGAAAGAUUAUUAUGUAAAACAGAUGGUACAAAUAUAAAAACUAAAAAUCCUAUUAGUGUAUAUAUACAACAAGAAAUAAUGCAAACAUAUAAUAAGCAAAUAGAUUCCAUAAAAGACCAAAUGAAUUGGUCUUUAUUAAUUGCUUUAACGUUUUUACAAUUAGGUGUUCUUCAUAAACAUGAUUAUAAUUUUGUUUGAGAUAAUAAAAAUGAUGAAUAAAUU